CUCGCUUCCGUGCUGCUCAGUUUCUUGCAAAACUUAUGCGGAAUAUAAUAUGUGUUCUGUUGGAAUUUGAAGAUUAUUUAUUAGUAAGUUAUGGAGGAUAUAUCUGCUGAACUUUACUAUGCUGUUUGUAAAAAUGAUCCCGUCAAAGUUGAGGAACUAUUGAACAACGGAGCAAAUGCAAACGAGUAUUAUUACGACAUGGAAAAUAUCAGCUCCAGUUCCAUUCUGCACGUCUGCUGUGGAAAGGGGCACCUUGAGUCCGCACGAAUCUUGGUUGACAGAGGAGCGGACAUUUUGUCGCGAGACAAAUGGCGGAUGUCGCCACUGAUACACGCCAUAAUGCCACAGUUUUCAGAAAUUGUGGAAUUUCUUAUCACACGUAAUCCGGAUGUAGUUAAUAUGUGUGAUAAAUAUGGGAAAGCUCCUUUACAUUAUGCUAUAGAGUCAGAUUCUGUAUCUAUCGUAGAUCUACUUAUCCGUCAUGGCGCUGAUGUUAAUGUAGGGACAAUGAAAGGAAUAACACCAAUGAUGUUGUUGUGUUCUACGUCAGAUCUACAGAACGAUAUAGAGAUGAUGCGACUGCUGAUCGAUCAUGGGGCUUUGGUCAACCUUCGAGACGUGGCCGCCAAACGCACCGCAUUACAAUAUGCCGCUCUUAAGUUGAAAAUUAUAGCCGUUCAGAUUCUGUUGGACGUCGGCUCUGACACCAACACCCUUGAUGGGGCAGGAAGGACACCAAUGACAAAUGUCAUCCGACAAUGUGUCCGAUCCGACGGAUCAAUCCAAACGGACGACUGCAUGUCAAUCAUCGUGAUGUUACUUCAAGCCGGAAGUGACCUCAAUAUGACGACCUGUGAGGAAUGCUGCCCAUUAAUGGUGGCGUCGCUUUUAAAGUGCGAGUUCUUGGUUCGAUUUUUCUUAGAACAUGGAGCUGAUUCGGGUAUUCGCUUUGCUUCUGGGGUUUACCCACUUUUAGCAGCUGUUGGUAACCGUGACAUUCCAUCAAUUAAAACUCUAUUGGAGUACAACAGUCCCUUCUAUCUUCAGGGAAGAGUGAUAAAGCGUAGAGAAGAAUUCUACUUUAAUCCUUACGAACUGGCUGUACACCUUGGCUGUUUUGAUGUCGUGGAACUUUUGUAUGCAUAUGGUUUUAAUUUAUCAAAGUACCCCUACCUAGCCGACUCCUUUAAUACUAAGGGUAUCCCCCUUCCUCUUCAACAAAACCAAACAGUACUGACGUCAUUACAGCAGAUGGCCUCUGAACCACUUUCAUUAUUUAAGAUUACGUCAUUAGCUAUUCGGACAUAUCUGAGGAAGGAUCUACAUAAUAAAGUUGGAAUGUUACCAUUACCAACGUCUUUACAAAGAGAUUUAAUAUAUCUAGCAGGGUGACAACAGUUCAGUUUAAUGAUUUGGAUUGUCAAAUCUAUAUCCAGUCAUGUAAUUUGUAUCUUGCUUAAUAUUUUCAUCUUAAUAAAAUAAUAUUAAAUAUA